UUUCGUGCGCUCUUGCGAAACAAUAUAUCGGUGGCAGAGAAUAAAACAUCAAUUGGCCACGCGGAAGAUUGAUUUUUGUUGUCGAUCAUCAUCAUGUGGAAGCUGAAGAUAGCGGAGGAUGGGCCGUGGCUGAGGUCGGUGAACAACCACGUGGGGCGUCAGCACUGGGAGUUCGACCCCGAUGCCGGUACACCCGAGGAGCGGGCCGCGGUGGAGAGGGCCCGUGAGGAGUUCAAGCUCAACAAGAAGCGGCUUGGCCAGAAGCAGAGCGCUGAUCUCUUGAUGAGAAUGCAGCUGACCGUGGAGAACUCUUGUGGGCCCAUACCGGCGGCUGUGAAGGUGGAGGACACAGAGGACUUGACCGAGGAUGCCGUGACCACCACCCUGAGGCGGGCCAUCAGCUUCUACUCCCAGCUUCAGGCCCAUGACGGCCACUGGCCCGCAGAGAACGCCGGCCCGUUGUUCUUCCUCCCUCCUCUGGUCAUGGCACUGUACAUCACAGGUGCGAUCAAUGCCAUCUUCUCGGAGGAGCACAAGAAGGAAAUCAAGCGCUACAUUUACAACCAUCAAAAUGAGGAUGGAGGGUGGGGAUUCCACAUAGAGGGCCACAGUACGAUGUUCGGGUCGUCCCUCAGCUACAUUGCCCUGAGGCUGCUCGGCGAGGGGCCCGAUGAUGGAGAGGAUAAUGCUAUGGAAAGAGGCAGGAAUUGGAUUCUUGACCAUGGGGGUCUUGUGGCAACACCCUCGUGGGGAAAGUUUUGGCUCACGGUACUUGGAGUCUAUGAAUGGUCGGGUUGCAACCCGCUGCCCCCGGAGUUCUGGCUCCUCCCGAAGCUCUUCCCUAUUCAUCCAGGGAAGAUGUUGUGUUAUUGCCGUCUGGUUUACAUGCCGAUGUCGUACUUAUAUGGGAAGAAAUUCGUGGGCCCAAUCACGAGACUGGUGCUAUCACUGAGACAAGAGCUCUACACCGAACCAUAUCAUGAAGUAAACUGGAACAAAGCACGAAGCACCGUCGCAAAGGAGGAUCUGUACUACCCACAUCCUCUGGUGCAAGAUAUGCUGUGGGGCUUCCUUCACCAUGUCGCCGAGCCACUCCUCAAGAGAUGGCCAUUUUCUAUGCUGCGAGAGAAGGCACUGAAAAUCGCUAUUGAUCACGUCCAUUACGAGGACAUCAACAGCAGAUAUCUCUGCAUUGGAUGCGUGGAAAAGGUUUUGUGCCUACUUGCUUGCUGGGUCGAAGACCCGAAUUCGGAGGCAUACAAGCUUCACUUAGCACGAAUUCCCGAUUAUUACUGGCUAGCUGAAGAUGGGCUUAAGAUGCAGACCUUCGGGUGUCAAAUGUGGGAUGAAGGAUUUGCUAUACAAGCAAUCAUGUCGAGCAAUCUCUCGGAAGAGUAUGGACCCACCUUGAGGAAGGCUCAUGAUUUCGUAAAAGCUUCCCAGGUCCAGGAUAACCCAUCAGGCGACUUCGAGGCAAUGUAUAGGCAUACAUCGAAGGGCGCGUGGACAUUCUCGAUGCAAGAUCACGGCUGGCAGGUCUCUGACUGCACCUCAGAAGGACUCAAGACUGCAUUGCUAUUCUCUCAAAUGCCGCCGGAACUUGUUGGCGAAAAGAUGGAGACCGAGCGCUUUUACGAUGCUGUGAAUGUUAUCCUUUCCCUACAAAGCGAAAAUGGCGGUUUUCCCGCUUGGGAACCACAGAGAGCUUACAGUUGGUUAGAGAAAUUCAACCCUACAGAGUUCUUCGAGGACACCCUUAUCGAGAGAGAGUACGUGGAGUGCACAUCAUCGGCAAUUCAAGGACUCACGCUAUUCAAGAAGUUGCAUCCCAAACACCGUCGGAAGGAAAUUGAGAGUUCCAUUGCAAGGGCAGUUCGUUACAUAGAGGAGACGCAGAAUCCUGAUGGAUCAUGGUACGGCUGUUGGGGAAUUUGCUAUACAUACGGGACUUGGUUCGCUGUAGAAGGGCUAGCGGCAUGUGGUAAAACGUACCGAAACAGUCCAGCCCUGAGAAAAGCCUGCGAGUUCUUACUGUCGAAGCAAUUGCCCUGUGGUGGAUGGGGAGAGAGCUAUUUGUCAAGCCAAAACAAGGUCUACACGAAUUUGGAAGGCAACCGAGCAAAUCUGGUACAUACAGCAUGGGCGCUCUUAUCCCUCAUCGACGCAGGACAGGCGGAUAUCGACCCGACCCCAAUCCACCAUGGAGUCAAAGUGCUCAUCAAUACACAGAUGGAGGAUGGCGACUUCCCUCAACAGGAAAUUACUGGAGUUUUCAUGAGGAACUGUACAUUAAACUACUCGUCCUUCAGAAAUAUAUUCCCAAUCUGGGCAAUCGGAGAGUACCGAAGGCGUGUUCUCUUUGCAUAAUACCCCAAGGCCCGAAGAGUAAAUACAUAAUAUCUAGCCUGAAGAGUUAAUACUUUAAAGGAGUUAAGAAGUACGUCGAUACCAGAAUAAGCCUGACAGAAGAGAUGUAAGGCAAUGCCAAUUACAGUUAUUUUCUACGAGCAAAACAUGUUCAUCAUAAGAAUAAGCAAUAUCUAUGUUCUCCACGCAAGGUGUGAAGAUUUGGAAUCGUGUAAAGACAUGUUGUAUCAAAUUUGUUAAAUUUAUGUGUUAUGUAUAUCUACCCCGUGAUGAAUAACAGACCGUCAGUUUCUUGAUGCAAGCAAAUUUAUUUUA